AUGUCCUUUAGUAAAUUUGGCAACACUCAAGCCUUCAUAUUCUUGUAAUCAAUAAUUUUUAAAAUCAAGCAAUACUAACAUUUCUUCUCUUUAUAUUUUUUACACUUUAUAUCGAAUUCUUCAGAGCUUCAGAACACAGUGAAGAAUUUUCUUGUAUCUUCGUUUAUUACACCAUCAUUCACCACGCAUUUAAAUACACGUGUAAUCUUUAUUUCAAACGCUUACGAUUUGAUCGAUAAUCCUUUCUCUUCCUCGCUUGUGUUCUUCAAUUUCUCGUGGCCAUCCGAUUUCUUUCGGUAGUUUUUGGUUCGUAGAUCGGACGGUGAUCGAACCCCGUAUUGUAUUUUUACAGACGCGUUCUCCAGGAGAAGGGCCCCGACAUGCCGCAAUACACGUAAGUCUAUCGAACAAGCCUACGCAAACAAAUCGUCGAUUGUGUUGGCCGGUCGCGGGCGACGAGACGGGAAACGAGCGGCUCUAAUUGAUCAUUAUUGCGGACGUUUUGCAGCGGACAGAGUGAUGCAGAUUACCACGGAAGCAACGGCCAGGCGGACACCCAUUCGUUGCAUUCGUCUCAUUUGUCUGUCCAGGAGGAUCCAUUACUCAUCCGGAGCCAUAAGCAGCAAACUACUCAACAAGUGAGAUCCGUUUCCAGUUUUACCAAUGGUGUGACAAACGUGUCGAAGGUGGUCCGCGAGGUAUCGCACAUGGAGCCGGAUCCAGGCGCGGUGAGCUACAUGUCAGUGCCAUUGAUGUCUCAGGACUAUCAGCACGCGGACCGGCGGUACCCGGCCGACUCGUACAUGGUCGGUUUCGAGCAUUACGAGCCGUACCUCGGCUAUCCGCCGCAGCCGGGUUAUCCAGGUCCCCACGGUAUCUACAUGCCGCGCUCGCAUUCUCCUCACAGUCCUCAUAGUCCUUCGGAGCACAGUCGUGCCUCGCCACCGCACGAAUACCUGCGCAAGGCGGCGCCGUACGUGGAGGGCGGUUACAACGACAUCGAUCCAGGUUUGAAUCCCGCGUUGCAAGAUCAUUAUCGCAUUACUCCUAGUCCUGGUGGCCCCGGAGAUCAAUAUGAUGAGAACAAAGUGGCCUACGGUUACGUGUCUCCGUCCCCCUAUGGACCUGUUGGAUACGGCCCUGGCGUUGGGGUAGGUCCAGUGGCAGUUCCUAGCGACGUACCCGGUUACGACGAAGGUCAUCCGGUCCAACUGCCCUCCGGUGUACCUCCGGGAAUGUUCGACGACGAGGUUCAUCUUCAACGGUUACAAUCCCGGCACCCGGUGGUGCCCGGCAUGGCCAGCCCACUGGACGACGAUCAGAAAUCCAUGAGAUGGCGGGAUCCGAAUCUGUCGGAGGUGAUCGGCUUCCUCAGCAAUCCGAACAACAUCAUCAAGGCGAACGCUGCCGCGUAUCUGCAACAUCUGUGCUACAUGGACGAUCCGAACAAGCAGAAGACGCGAAGCCUGGGCGGAAUACCGCCGCUGGUGCAAUUGUUGGAUCACGACAAUCCGGACGUGUACAGGAACGCCUGUGGCGCGUUGCGGAACUUGUCUUACGGCAGGCAGAACGACGAGAACAAGAGGGCCAUCAAGAACGCCGGCGGUGUCCCGGCCUUGAUCAAUUUGUUACGUAGGACGUCUGACGCGGACGUUAAGGAACUGGUGACGGGGGUUCUCUGGAAUUUAUCCUCGUGCGAGGACCUCAAAAAAUCUAUCAUUGACGACGGCGUAACAAUGGUGGUGAACAACAUAAUCAUCCCACAUAGUGGCUGGGACCCAAGCUCCUCCAGCGGCGAGACUUGCUGGUCAACCGUGUUCAGAAACGCGUCUGGCGUUUUGAGAAACGUUUCCAGCGCUGGCGAGUACGCGAGGAAGAAAUUACGCGAGUGCGAAGGUCUGGUUGAUGCUCUUCUCUAUGUAGUACGGUCUGCCAUCGAGAAGUCGAACAUCGGCAACAAGAUCGUGGAAAAUUGCGUGUGCAUCCUGCGGAACCUGAGUUAUCGGUGUCAGGAAGUGGAGGAUCCAAACUACGACAAACAUCCGAUUCAAUCAACCGUACAGAACAGGGUGGCGGCUCCGGCUAAAGGUGAGGGUUUGUCGAUGUCUUCUGUGAGGACAUCCUUGCAUUUCGAGAAUGAGACGGACGGAUGGGUGUUAAACUGCAUGUAAUUUCCCAAUCGUUCAUGUCCAAUCAUGGCGCAUUCUUAAAUCUCAAUGUUUCCAAAGCUGAAAGCUCAUUUACUAUCGUUAGGCAACACGCGAACCGUGCGGCUCGUGCAAUGUCCACUAGACUGAUUAAUCACGAUCCACUUGUGUAA